AUGACCUAUGAGUGUAUCACCUUUCUCAAAUGGUUCAUGCAAGAAAGUAUAGAGAAGUUAUACUACCAUAAGUCAAGUAAGCCCUUAUUAUCUGGGAUAACUGCUAAUGCUAAUGAGGAAGACUACGCUUAUUUCAUUUUUGAUGCUUAUGAGACUGAUGGUAUAAUUUUCCUCUAUGUGGACCAUGAUGGUCAAGGAAUAGAGAACUGGUUUGGUUCUGACAUAGAAGAAGAAGAUGGUGGUGAAAAUAAAGAUGAAAUUGAUAACCUUAGAGAUGUGGAGGUGUACAUUAAUGAGGAUAUAAUCAUUAUGAACAAAACACAUGGUGAUGAGUUUUUGACUAAAUUAUGUGCCGAAGAGGAAGAUGAAAAUGAUAACAUAGAUGAUGAUGAUGAGGGUGAAAAAUCAUUUAAAAAACACACAUCAAACAAUUUAAAUACCUUAAAAAAUAAAAUAAAGUAA